AUUCCUUUUUAAAUUAGAAUUUAGACUAGCUAUUUUAAAGGGACUGCUUCCUUAUCUGCAAAGGGAUACCUUUCCAUUAGCAACUAGGAACUAGACAUUACGAAGCCUAUCUGUAGUUUCUAUGACUGUUCCUUUUCCAGCUACAAUUUAGCCUAACUAUAUUCAAAGAUCUAUUUCCUUGUCUGUAAACGCAUACCGUUCCAUCAGCAAUUUAGAGCUAAAUGCCACCUUUAUUGCCACCUUUAUUAGCGAGAGCUGUUGAAACUGGAAAAGGAAGUGAUUCCUCGCUGCUGAACUUCCGUCUGUCCGCCAUGGCAGUAUGCUAUUGGAGUAAGCUGUAUGGGAGCGUAUGACGAGUUUCCGGCGAUAGAGUCUAGCAGGUCGAACAACAGGACGGAGAAGUGAGGCUCUUGCACAAGCAGCCGACUUAUUGAUUGGAACGAUCUACGGCUAUGUAUCCGGGCUGGGGCCGGUAUGGCGGCUCUUCCUCAAUAUCUGCUCCGGCCGGGCCGCCAUCCGCACCCGCUACUGGUGCCUUCCAGAGCUUUAGAGACCAGCACAUGGCCCAGCUCCAGCAGCUUCAGAAAAUGCACCAGCAGCAGCUAGAAACAGUCUUGCCUGUUGGCAGCACCUCUCAGCCUGCUGGGUUUCCCCCGCCGCCUGGAGCCUAUCAGCCGCACACUGGCGGCUACGCGAAGCGAUCGUAUUAUGGACCCGGAGAGUCUUAUCCCUUCCCCCCACCACCCUUCGUGAGCAGCUUGCCUCCCCCUGGGUACCCUAGUUACCCUCCUCCUCAGCACCAUCAAACAAACCCUCCGCUUCCUGAGCCAGCGCCCCCUCCUGAACCGGCACCCCCUCCAGAACCGGCACCUCCUCCUGAACCAGAUCAGCCGCCCCCACCUGAACCUGCACAGCAGCCUCCCCCGGAACCGGCGCGCCCUCCACUUCCAGACCCAGAGAAGCGCUUGCAGCCCGCGGAAUCUUCCUCCCCUAAGGAUUCUGAGGGCAUUAGAGGAUCUGAUGGUUUGUCUCUAGAGCAACAACAACAUUACUGGUAUACACAGCAUCUAAUGAGUUUACAGCAGAAAGCAAAGCUGCGCCAGAAAGAGAAUAGUGGUACAUAUUCUGUAAAAUCUACUGUACCACAGAGGGUUCCAGUGCCACCUGAAAGUGAGCUUCCACCAGCACCUGUAGUAAAGGAGCCACCUCCACCUUUGCCUGCAGAUGAUGUUAAGCCAAGUUUUAACCCUCCUGAAGACCCAGAACAGGCAGAGAGACUAAAAACAUUGCAAGAAGCUGCAGCCCAUUGGCAACAACAUGAAGAACAUAGACUUGGCUUUCAGUAUCAGGGAAUAAUGCAGAAACAUUCCACUUUACAGCAACUCUUGCAGCGUUAUCAACAGAUAUCCCAACAACCUCCGCAUAUAGGGGCUUUGACAGUAGAUAUGCAGCUACAACAUUAUGAGAUGCAACAGAAGCAAUUCAAUCCAUUUUACCAAGAGUGGGAAACCCAGUUUAAGAAGUGGCAGGAGCUCUUGCAGACAUACCCCCAUAAGGACCAACUACAAAAUUAUGAUGUACAAUGGAAAUCAUGGCAAACGCAAAUAAAAGCCACCAAAUCUUUUCUGAAGGAGAAAGUGAACUCCUUGAAAAGCAUGCAGCAACAGUAUGGGGGCAAUCAUUACAUAGGAGGGGUUCCUGUUAUGCCUCCUUACCCUGCAUACCCACAAGUAAUGCCUCCGCCAGUCCCACCUUCACUACCAGGAGCUGUAAAUAUCCCUCCACCUUUUACUGCAUCCGCACCUCCGCCUUUCAGUGCAGCAAUGCCACCUUUACCAGCAAUUCCGGCACCUCCCUUUUCUGAAGGUCAGCCUCCCCUUCCUCCUCUGACAGCUGCACCUCCACCUCUGCCUCCAGUGACUGCUGCACCCCCAACUGAGGCACCACCACCACCCCCUCCACCUCUAUUAUCAACAGAAUCCCAGCCACCUUUACCACCUGUAACAACUGCAUGCACACAAGCACCACCCUUACCUCCUACUCCUCUUACUAUUCCAGUUGCUGGGACUCAAAACACAUCUGUUGUCCCCUCACAUUUUGCAACUUCCAAAUGUGAUCCUGGUCAACCUCCCCUGCCUUCAUCAGGAAUAAAUUCUUCUGUAGCUGGGUCAAUUUCUUUGACUUCAGGCACCAUUGUUUCUAAACUUCCACUGUCUAAAACAACUCUGGGAGGCACUAGCUUCCCUUCUAGCAGUGAAAAGAGCAUUACACCAGAUGCCUCUUCUCCGGUGAAGCAGGCAACAGACACGGUCAAGUUGCCUUUUGCUGAAAGCAAGAUGGAAUCUGAAUCCCCCAGAUUUUGGUCUCAAGAAAAACAAGUAAAACCCAAUGAUGGAUUUGACCAAUCUAUAAACAGUACUGAGAGGUCCCAGAUGCCUUUUUCAGAGAAAGCCUCAAAUGUUAGUCGACCACCCUAUCAGAUGAUGACAAGAUUUACUCCCCAAAGCCACAUUUUUCCACCUCCAAGAUCUCAAAUUCAUGAACCUCGAGGAGCCAUUGAUGUUUCUGGUGCUCCAUCAGCAUUUGAGGGAGAGGCUAUUGAUGGUGGAACUUCUGUCCAGGGUUCCUCAGGACAUAACAGACAUACAACAAAUACAAUUCCCAACCCGGACCUUCCAUGGGAAAAGGGACAGGACCCAGUAUCUGAGGCUGCAGCAGGCUUAACAACAUCUGAUUUCCAUCAAAGAACAAAAAAUGUCCCUUUAGGGACCUUACAGUCUUUUAGUGAAAGAGAAAAGCAUAAUAUGCCAAGUCUAAAAAAAGGACUAGAUCCAUUUUUAAGCAGACCUUUAGAGAAAGAACUAGUUGAGUCAGAAAGAGACAGAGAAAAGUGUAACCAAGCUGAUAGCACCCCUGUAGGCCAUCCACAAAAACUAGAUCCUUCAGAGUAUCAUCAGAGCCUAGGCAGGCCUAAUCAACUUCCACCCGAUAGAUGGGAAAGAGCUAUAGAUAAAUCAGAUAAAAUGUGGGAAAACCAAACCUCAUCCCCACAUGGCCAGUGGCUUGGAACUGAAGGCCAAUCAAAAGAAAAGUGGGGUAGGCUAAAUCCAGCACCAUCUGGUAGGUGGGUUGCUCCAGUGGAUGCACCAGCAAUGGGUAAGUGGGCUGAGUCUGAAGGCCCACCAAAGAUUAUUCCAGAAGCACACUCAAAUUUAUGGAAGAGAUCAGAAGGCCCGACGAGGGAUAUGCAUCAUGUCCCCAGUGACCCACCAUGUGACAUAUUGGAUGACCCCAAAGAUCCCCUAUGUGAUAGCAUGACUGGACACGCAAAUGACAGAUGGGUCGGGCCAGAGGAGCCCCUGAAUGACCGCUGGAGCAGGCCAGAAGGGCCCCUGGGUGACAGAUGGGGGAGACCUGAGAGACCCCCUGGUGACCGUUGGGGCAGACCGGGAGAACAGUGUAUUGGCCGCUGGGGUAAGCCUGUGGCAGAAAGUGGAAGGUGCAGCAGACCUGAAGGCCAUCCUGAAGAUAGUUGGACAACAGGUGGAGGACAAAUGGGUGAAAAGUGGGGUGUACCUGAAGGAUCAGUAAGAGAAAGAUGGGGCAGAGAGGAGGAAGCAUACAAUGAGAGAUGGAGAAGAUUAGAGGAGCCCACUGUUGAAAGAUGUAGUCGACUUGAGGAGCCAGGGGAAAGAUGGAGAGGACCUGAAAAACCACAUGAAGAUAGGUGGGAAAGGGAAAAUGUGCUCUCUGGUGAUAUGUGGGGCAAGUCCAAAAUGCCUUUGGGUAAACCUGAACUGAAUGCAGAUGAAAGACUGAAAAGUAAGACUGGACCUUUAAAAGGCAGGUGGGAUGGCCCCCACGCUUCCCUAGAGCCCAGAUGGGAAGACAACUCUGAUCAAAAUAUCCCAGGAAACAAAGAUCAGGCUGGUGUUAAAAAUAUCCCAGGAAACAAAGAUCAGGCUGGUGUCAAAACUGGGCCUACAGAGGCAAAGAGAGCUGCUGAUACUCCCACUAUUAGCUAUCAAAGUAAAUUUAGAAAAAAUGCUCAGAUAGGUGGGAUUAGUAAAGGAAGUGCACAUUCAAUGGUUUCUAAUAAUCAGACUCGUGAUAAAGGAAAUACUUCCGAGUUAGAUCAAUCAUCCGAAAUGGGAGGUACUGGUACUCUUGCUAAUAAAGGCAGUGAAUCAGUUCAAAAUGAUUGUAAAAUGGGUGGUUUGACUGCCUUUCCAGCAAUGAAAAGACAUGACUCAGUAGCCAAGUUUGAAGUCACUGUGGCUAGUGGAGUUUCUUCAUCCUUGGUUCAGGCUAAAGCUGAUAAUCCUGUGCAGACUUCUCCAGAGCCUGGUGCUGUUAAAACUGAUACAUCUCAAGUCCUUAGUGAUGUCAGAUCAGAUAAAUCUGCACCUUCUGGAUUUGCUAAGCCCAAUUCCAGUUUACCAUGCUUAGAACCUAAACCUGAUACUGCACCAGUUCAUUGUCCUAAUGUAGAUACUGCACCAUCCCUUAAUGUAGGUAAUGCCAUGACCUCUCCAAUUACUACCAAGGAUGGUAAUCUGCCUGGUUCUGAUCCAUCAAAGAAGGCAGAUAUUCUUUCCCCUUCUCUUGCCAAAGAAGUCAGUGAGUCAGUACCUGAUUCUCAAAAGCAAAGUACUUUUAAUGCCCCUGGUGUGGGUGUUGGUGCCCCAAUGCUUUCUAAUGAACUCAGUCUCAAAAAUCUAGCUUCUGAACCACUAAUAAGUGAAGCCCCUAAUCAACAUAGACCCAGUGCUCCUUUGGUUCCUGUCCAGCCUAGACCCAGUGCUCCUUUGGCUCCCGUCCAACUCAGGACCGGGGCCCCUCCAGCUCCCGGUCAGCCUAGGUUCGGGGCCCCUCCGGCUCCCGGUCAGCCCCGGGCCGGGGCCCCUCCGGCUCCCGGUCAGCCCCGGGCCGGGGCCCCCCCGGCUCCCGGUCAGCCCCGGGCCGGGGCCCCCCCGGCUCCCGGUCAGCCCCGGGCCGGGGCCCCCCCGGCUCCCGGUCAGCCCCGGGCCGGGGCCCCCCCGGCUCCCGGUCAGCCCCGAGCUAGUGGCACAACUGUACAUGGCCAUCCCAGACCUGGAGUCCCUCAUCCACUCCCAAGAACUGGUGCACCAAGUCCCUUUAGAUCUCGGACUCCCUUAGGCCAGGGUCCAAGGAUGGGAAUGCCAGGUCCCUUCAGGCCUGGAGCUCCAGGACCAUUUAGAGCAGGUGCACCUCCUGUUGGCCUUCCAAGAGGAGGGUUUCCUGUUUCCUUUAGGGCAGGGGCCCCAGGUCCUCCCAGGAUAACUGGCCCUCGGGGCCCUUCUUCAAUUAAUCCCACAGAACUACAGGACUUUCAGAUUGCAAGUUUACCUGCAGGGCAGAUUCCAGGUGGUUCCCUUGUGCCACAGGAAUUCGAUCACCCUUUAAAUGUAAAGGAGGCUUCUAAAUCUAGCUCUGCCAUGCAGAACAUAUUGGCAGAAGAUCCCGAUAUGUCUUUGUCAUCAGUAAGGGUUCCCUGUAGUGAGGAAGGAGAGUCGGGUGCAAAUAUUUUAAGAGAUGCAGUGCCAGACUUCCCUGAAAGGCAUACCAGGCAUGGUGACAUUGAAAAUUAUGAUGCAAUUCAAGAACCAGCCUAUGCUAAUGCUCACUUACAGCCGGGCCCUUCCAGGUUACAUCAUGGGAGAGGAGGAUUAAGGGAACAAUGGUUGCAAGGUACAGAACAGUGGAGUAGCCAAGGGAAAAGAUUAGAAAACUAUGAAGUAAAAUUUGAUCAGAGGGGUAGAGGUCGCUCUAGAGGACUAGUCCGUGAACGAAUUCUGCCCAGACCAGGCAGUCGUGAUGCUAUAGAACAUUUAAGAGAGAGAGAUUUUGGGUCAAGGGGUAAUUUCUUGGAUGAGAGACCUCCCCAGGGCCCUGAUUAUGAUCCACUUUUUAUGAGAGAGAUGCUUCACAGAGAUCAUAGAUUUUCUGAUGAUGAGAGACCUCCUUUGGAUCCCUUGGAAAUUACAAUAAGAGAAUAUUUGGACAAAGUUAGGCUUGAUAAUUGGGAAUGGGAAAGAUAUAUGAGAGAGAAUGAAUUUCUUCGAGAGCAAAGCCAUGCAUUUCUCAGGGAUGAGAGGCUUCCUUUUCACCACCAUCCUCCUCUCCCUCCUCCUCCCCUUCCUCGUGACACAGAUGUUCGUCAAGAUCCUUGGUGGGAUAGACUUCCAGAAAGAGAACAGUACAGAGGGCCUGGUGAUGUAGUGGAGAGAUUUGAAAGGCCUUAUGAGGGACAUGAUCGGGAGAGAGAUUACUUAAGAGUGCAGGAGGAUUUGGACUUUUUGACACGUGAAAGGAUAAGUGCACAUCCUGUUCGACGACCACUUUCUCCUCACCGUUCACUUUCACCUUUACGGCCCCGCUCUCCUCUACCACCUCUUCCUCCUCUUGAUAGAUAUCUUGAUGAAAGUUGGAGAGAUGACAGAGAAACUGACCGAGAUUUUCGUGAACGUGGGGACAUCAGAAUACUGGAAUACCCAGAAAGGCAAGAAGAAAGAAGCCGUGAAUUCCCCCCAAAGAGAGUAGAGUGGAGGGAAGAUCCAUGGUAUCCUUCUGAAAAUAGAUUGGAAAAUCGUAUAGAUCCCAGUCACAAUCUUGAAACACCAGUGUCACUGGAAAACCCUGUACCUGGUGCAGAAAGCAGCCAGGAAAUGGAAUCUGCACCCUCUUCUGCUGGAGUUUUGGCACUGAGUCAGAGACAACAUGAAAUUAUACUAAAAGCUGCACAGGAACUCAAAAUGCUCAGGGAACAAAAAGAACAACUGGACAACUUAAAGAACUUUUUUAGUGAUUCUCAGACUUCUGGGGAAUCAAAACACCAGCCACCCUUGCCAGGCGAUAGUGGUUCAGCCCCAAAUAUGUUCAAGGGCUUGAAAUCUGAAAGAGAGAAAUCUGUAGUUUCAGAACCUAUUGUCAAAAUGGCUUCUAGCACAUCCCUUACCACAGGACCAGUCCCACCAAGGCCAAUGUCAGAUUGUUGGAAUGAGGACACGUUUAGUGGACUUUGGGAUGAUGAAAGACGGUUUCGGAGUCCAGGGUCCCUGGUUGAUUCAGGAAAGCCUGGUAGCCUUGCACAUGGACCAAAACAGCCAGUACCUCAACAGACUGUAGAUUAUGCCCAUGGUCGAGAUUCCUCUGUAGGAAAAGUUGAACAGGUCCCUUAUGGUGAAAGAGUUGUUCUCCUUCCAGAUUCUGUAAUAGAAAGAGCACCACUCCCAUUUCACAAAGAUUACCAGGUUGAUCGCUAUGAUCGUGAUCUGAGGGACAGGGAGCCCUACUUUGAACGUCAAAGCAAUAAAAACAGUGAUCGCAGAGAUUAUGAAAGGGAGAGAGACCGUGAGAGGGACAGUCACAGAGAUCGUAGCUUUGGAGAACAUGAAAGGGAGCGAUUUGACCGUGACCGGCAUUCUCGUGAAGACAGGACUGCAUCUUACCGCGAUAGCAAAGAAAGCUCCAGGCGUAGUGGCAACGACAAAGUGUCCUAUGAUAGGAAGUCUGAUCGUCCACCUUAUGAGCUUGCACCACCCCCGUUUGGAAGUGAGCGUAGAGGAUACCCAGAUGAAAGGCCUUCCAUGCAUCCUCCUUUGCCUGCCCCAAAACAAGAAAAGAAACCAGAGAGUAAGAACGUGGAUGACCUUUUAAAGAAGCCUGGCAGAGACAGUAGACCAGAUAGGAUUGUUGUCAUCAUGAGGGGAUUGCCAGGCAGUGGUAAAACUCACGUGGCAAAGCUGAUUAGGGAUAAGGAGGUGGAAUGUGGUGGUCCAGCACCGCGUGUGCUAAGUCUUGAUGAUUACUUCAUCACUGAAGUUGAGAAGGUUGAGAAAGACCCUGAUUCUGGCAAGAAAGUUAAAAAAAAGGUAAUGGAGUAUGAGUAUGAGCCAGAAAUGGAGGACACUUAUCGAAGCAGCAUGUUAAAAACAUUCAAAAAAACACUGGACGAUGGUUUUUUUCCUUUUAUCAUUUUGGACAGCAUUAAUGACCGUGUUCGUCAUUUUGAACAGUUCUGGAGUGCAGCUAAAACAAAAGGAUUUGAGGUUUAUCUUGCUGAGAUGAGUGCAGACACUCAGAUAUGUGCAAAAAGAAAUGUACAUGGACGCAAGCUUAAGGAAAUUAGCAAGAUUGCUGAUCACUGGGAGUCUGCACCUCGGCAUAUGAUUCGACUUGAUGUUCGAUCACUGCUCCAGGAUGCAGCCAUUGAAGAAGUGGAAAUGGAAGAUUCUGAGCCUAGUGUAGAGCCACAGAAAGAAAUCAAGAAGCAGCUACCAGAGGAGGAGGAGAGUGAUCGGGUAUAUAUUCCAAAAAGCAAAUGGGAAAUGGAUACUUCUGAAGCCAAGCUUGAUAAACUAGAUGGAUUAAAAGGAAGCAAAAGGAGACGAGACUGGGAGUCUGUGGGCAGCCGCCUGGAAGACUAUCUGCAGCUUCCAGAUGAUUAUGAUACCCGGGAAUCAGAGCCUGGCAAGAAAAGGGUGAGAUGGGCAGAUCUAGAAGAAAAGAAAGAUGCAGACCGAAAGAGAGCCAUUGGUUUUGUAGUUGGUCAGACAGACUGGGAGAAGAUUACAGACAAGAGUGGACAUCUGGCAGAGCGAGCGUUGAACCGCACCAAAUAUAUUUAAUGAUUUCGUGUAAGAAAAGUCUUAUUUAGAAGAUGGCAGUCAAGCUUCUCCUAUGUUUUAUAGCCAAGACUAUUUUAUUUUGUGGUUUCCAUAGUUUCCUGGUGAACCCUGAACAGCAGCACUGGUCUUCUAUAGUUUUUUCAUAGUUGCAUGGUAUCAUUUUGAGCUGUGAAUGUUUUCUAUUUUAUACUGUAUGUCUCCUAAAGUGUUGCUUCUGUAUUGCAAGUGAAACAAUAAAUAUCCUUGGACACCAGUA